UAUGAUAUUGGAAUUCAUAUUUACGUGGCUUCGCGUGUUAGAAUUCUUUCAAGAAUAUUCGAUAAUGUCGGUGUCUGCGGCAUAAGCAAUUCCAUUUCCGAUCAAUAAUACUAACCGUUUACAAGACAUAUCAAAGAACCUCAAAUGUCAUUUAAGAAAAGGGGCGUUAUCCUGUACACGUAUAUUUAUAUUAUAUCGUACAAAUGAGUUGGUUGUAGUCAGAGCAAGAAAAAAUACCCUCUGUCAAGAUGAUAGGGGGCUUAUUUGUGUACAAUCACAAAGGGGAGGUACUUAUCUCCAGAGUCUACCGGGAUGACAUUGGACGAAAUGCAGUUGACGCAUUUCGUGUUAAUGUUAUCCAUGCCAGGCAACAGGUGCGCUCACCAGUUACCAAUAUUGCAAGAACAUCUUUCUUUCACAUAAAACGUGCCAACAUUUGGUUGGCUGCUGUUACCAAGCAAAAUGUUAAUGCGGCAAUGGUAUUCGAAUUCUUGUUGAAAAUCAUUGAUGUUAUGCAGUCUUACUUUGGCAAAAUCUCUGAAGAAAACAUUAAGAACAACUUUGUGCUGAUCUAUGAAUUGUUGGAUGAAAUUUUGGACUUUGGGUACCCACAGAAUUGCGAUACUGGGGUAUUAAAGACAUUUAUCACUCAGCAAGGAGUUAAAUCGGGAACAAAAGAGGAACAAGCUCAAAUAACUUCCCAAGUAACUGGUCAGAUCGGAUGGAGAAGGGAGGGUAUUAAGUACAGACGUAACGAGUUAUUCCUAGAUGUUCUGGAAUCUGUGAACCUCUUAAUGAGCCCUCAGGGUCAAGUGCUUAGCGCGCAUGUUGCUGGAAAGGUCGUGAUGAAGUCUUAUUUGUCUGGAAUGCCAGAAUGUAAGUUUGGAAUUAACGAUAAAAUUGUCAUGGAAGCUAAGGGUAUGAAGGGUGGAAGUGGUCUAGGAGGUGGAGGAGACGACCCUACUGGUGGUAGAUCUGGAAAACCUGUUGUUGUGAUCGACGACUGCCAAUUUCAUCAAUGCGUUAAACUUAGUAAAUUCGAGACAGAGCAUGCUAUUAGUUUCAUUCCGCCAGAUGGUGAAUUCGAAUUGAUGAGAUACCGUACCACUAAGGAUAUAUCAUUGCCAUUCCGUGUGAUUCCAUUGGUGCGCGAGGUGGGACGUACAAAGAUGGAAGUGAAGGCAGUACUAAAAUCAAAUUUCAAGGCAUCUCUGCUGGGACAGAAGAUCGAGGUGCGAGUACCGACACCUUUAAACACUGCAGGAGUGCAGUUGAUCUGCUUGAAAGGGAAAGCAAAGUACAAAGCAUCGGAGAAUGCUAUUGUAUGGAAGAUUAAACGUUUGCCUGGCAUGAAGGAAACUCAGUUAUCCGCUGAGAUUGAUUUGCUUGAAACUGAUACAAAGAAGAAAUGGACACGGCCUCCGAUAUCGAUGACUUUCGAAGUACCGUUUGCUCCAUCUGGAUUCAAAGUACGUUAUUUGAAAGUGUUCGAAUCCAAGCUGAAUUACUCUGAUCACGACGUUAUAAAGUGGGUGAGAUAUAUAGGCAGAAGCGGUCUAUACGAGACACGAUGUUAAUGACAUCGUUCCGUAAAUUGUAAAUGAGUAAUCUCAAUGCAUAAAUACGACUUUUUUAAGAAAAUUGUUUCUUUCGCGGCGCAUACAUUGAUCAGAACUCUGAAAUACUCAGAUUGAAUGGCGACCGAAUGGCGGGCUAAAAGAUGGCGUAACAAAGAUACCAAGAGGAAAAAGGUCUUUCUGUGCCAAUGGUUUUGUCGAUCGAGCUUUCGUAACGUGUAUUUUAGCAAGUACAUUAUACUUAGGAUUGAAUGUUUCUUUGUACAUUUUAUUCCAAUUGAAUUUUACUAGAAACCCUGAUUCUAUAAUCGUUGAUAAGUACAAUUUCAUAGAUCAAUUUCAAUUUUAAUCUUAAAUGUGGAUGUUCUCUACGAAUGAUAUAUUUAAUAUCUGUAUAUUAAGUUUAUAGUAUUAUCUGUUCUUUUCACGAGAGAAAAAGGAAACAUCAUGACCUCUUUGGUAUCAAAUAUAUCGAGAAAGUUGCUAUAAUAACGUUAAAUAUCGUGACUAAUUGUAAAAUGCGCUGAAUAAUCAUUAGAUUAUCGAAACGUUUGUUGUCAGCUAUGAAAACGAAUAGAGAAUAUCUUGAAUCAUUGUAACGAAAGAAUUCUGUCUCUCUAUGUGAAAAUUCAUAUGCAUAAUAAAGUAUAUAUGUAAUUUA